AUGUGGAUUCUCGACUCUGAAGGGGACUUUCUGGAUGGGAAGCGCGUUUGGCUGCGCCCCGGAAAGAAGUACCUCUUCGGUCGGAUUAAACAAGAUGGAGUUCGACAUGCGAUUCAGCAUAACUCAAUAUCCCGCAAACAUAUGGUGAUCGAGGUGGCGUCAGUUAAACCGGGCGAUGAGGCUCGACCUUACGCGAAAUCUAAGAUAUUCGUAAGCGAUCAAGGCUCUAAAGUUGGCACACAAGUUGAUGGGGAGCAAAUCGAAAGCGGGAGCAAGAAGUUGUUGGCUGGAGAAGAACACACGAUCAAGCUGGGAAGAUACAAACAUGACCUACGCAUAAAAUGGCAGCCGGUCAUCCUAACCUUCUCCCUUUCCUCCAAGGAAUUAAAAGCGAAAGAUCCUCUAGCCCGCGUCCGCUCCCGCGUUGAAGACUUGGAUAUCAAGACAAUUGUCGAGUACGUCGGUAAAACCACGCACGUUGUUUCAAAAAAGAGAAACACGUCCAAAGGCCUACAGGGGCUCGUGAAUGGGAAAUAUAUCGUUCAGGACUCGUACAUCGAUGCACUCGUCUACGCCGCAACACCAAGUGAUUUGGAAGCAUUGGAAUCAUUAUCGCCAUUAGAAUCAGACUUUGAUUCUGCAUGGCCAGAUCCGAUGGAGCAUGUCCCACCCCCGGGUAACGAACCCGUUCAAAGACCAGCCGAGGCGUUUGUUCCAAAUGCUAGUCGCAUGAAUAUUUUCGACGGGUAUACCUUUAUUUUUGGCGAUCCGAGCCAAUACGACAAUCUUCAGGCGCCAAUUAAUGAAGGGCAUGGAAAGGCUCUACUUUACCCGAUUGAGAAUGGUGUCACGACACCAGCAGAAAUUGUGCAGUAUAUGAGAAAUGCAGCUGGUCAGAAAGGACUGGGUGAAGAAAGAGAUGGUCCAGGAGGUGUCGUUCUUGUUCGAUUUCGCGCAAGCGGAGACUACGAGAAAUGGUCAAACGACCUAGAUAAGCAGGUUGCUCAGAUGACUGACCAGCGUGUCAUUGAGCAAAAGGAAUUUCUUGAUGCAAUCUUAGGGAACGACGCCACACCUCUUUGCCGGCAGCUCCUUAGUUCACCGGAAUCAAGCCCAGAUACCCGCAUGGAACCGCAAUCGCAAGCCGCAAUGGUUCCUGAUAACAGUCAAUCCCAGUCCCCUUUGACCUCUCAACCGCCUGAGGAACCCAGCCAGGCUCCCAAGUCUAAAGCGAAAGCCUCCCGAGUCCGCCCCUUUGUCAGCAAAAUGAAAACCUUUGACGACGGUUUUGAUAUCGCGUCUAUUCCUGCCUACGAACCAGAAGCAGAUAUUCCCUCACCUCCGCCCAUGGAUAUGGAAGUCAUCCCGGAAGAGCCGUCACAAGCUCAACCUAACAUGGAAGAGGAAGAAGAAGACGUGAUGUCUAGCCUCUUACCCGGUGCUAAAGCAUUGAAGCGCCGCCGUGCUGAGACUGUCCAUCUUGACCAAGAUGAUUCAAAAUCUCAUGUAAAACAGGAAGUAGAACGCAAACCUAAGCGGCAGAAGCUGGAUGUGAUCCAGGCAGCCCGACAACACCGUGAAGCAGAGGAUGAUGCCCGGCGCAAGCAGGAAGAAGCCAGUUUCCAAGAUUCGCUGAAAGAUACAGAUAUUGAGAAGCUGAAGGAUCUUGCCAUUGUGGAAGAGAUGGAAGUACCUUCCAGGUUGGCUCGUGCCCAGUCCACUGACAAGGGUGACCGGUGGGAUGAGAGAUGGAACGGACGGAAGAAUUUCAAAAAGUUUCGGGCAAAGGGUGAUUCAAGCCAGCCUCGCCAUCGCGUCCAGACAGUUAUCGUUCCCUUGGAAGAGGUGACCAGAAAGGAAUUUGGUAUCGGUGACCACCACUGGGUCAGCACUCGCAAAUCACCCGAGAACAGUCCCCCUCCAGCAAGUCGUUCUGUCCGGUCAACAUUCGUGAGUCAGGAGAAUGCUUCAAGCUCUCCGCCCCAAUCAACAGCUCCAGUUGAAUCGCAAACACCGGCUCCAGUAUCUCAGGCGCGAAGUCAGAAGAGAGCUCGGGAGGUCCGUGAUUCUGAAAGUGAUGACGAUGAACUUCGAUUCCGGUUCCGCCGCCGAAGAUAGUGAUAACAGCUAUAUCAGCGGUUGGAUCUAGUUUAUGUAAAAGAUAUUGUACAAAUAAUUGCUCGCAGGUUCGACAAUUCAUCAUAUUAGUGUGAUAACAGUUAACACCCACCACAUUCACUAGUGAUAAUGCCCCAACGCAACUUUAUCCAUAGACAUAACUUUACUAACCUCUAGCUAUCCAAACUAUAACCUCGUUUAAACUUCGGCUCCUCACCCCCAGGAGGCAACGAAUAGGAAUACACAGAGGCAACAGACGAUCCAGCCUCGCCAGACGCCGCCAAUUCCUCACCUCGACUCGCUCGAACCCCGCGCGAAGAACACGGGAUCAACAAAUGGCCGCCCCAUACUUAUAUGUAGCGUAAGAUGAUAAGAGAUGAUCCAUUCUUUAGCCCCC